GGACAGAGUGCAUUGUGGGAUAGAACAUUUUUAGUUAGGAAGGUAGCCCGGAAGACAACGCCAUUUUUCGCGCCAAGCCCGUUGGUGGUUGUUGCGUUGUUGCGAGGCUCGUGCCGUUGAUUUUGCCAUUGCCUAGAACCUUGCUUUGAGCAGGUUUUGCCGCCCUUCAGCGGUUCGUCCAGCAUGGCGCCGAGGACAAAGCUUUUUGUAGGCCACCUGCCAGACGGCCUUCGCACAGAGGAACUUUCAGAGCUCUUCGCCAAGUAUGGAACAGUGACUGAGUGCGAUGUCAUCAAUAAGUAUGGCUUUGUGCACAUGGCCACAGAGGAGCAGGCAGAAGAAGCUCUCAAAAAUUUGAACAACUACAACUUCAUGGGUUCCACACUGUCUGUUGAGCGUUCCACAAGCAAGUUUCACCAAGAGCCUGGAGCACCUGGCAGAGCCAAGGGAGGACCAAGUCGACCACCCUACGGCCAGGGCAUGCAGAGGAACGGCUAUGACGGAAGGCCUUCUGGAGGCUACUACAACGGCGGACCAGGUGGUUAUGCUGACUACCGCCGGGGCGGUGACUUCUAUGACCGGGCCCCAUACAGGGCCAUGGUAGACAGGCCACGUCCUUAUCCAGCCCCGUACGAGCGCCGGGACGACCCCUACGCACCACGACGCCCACCCCCGGGACCCCCCUCCAUGGGACCUGACAUGUACGAGCGGAGGCCGGCUCCAGACUAUGCCCUCUACAGCCGCCGGUCGCCUCCCCCUGCCUCAGGGUACAGUUGGGGUGCCGGCUAUGGGUCAUCCGACCGCAUGGGCGGCUACUCCUAUGGCGGCUACUAGGCGCCAUGGUCUCCCCCCAAACAGCGACGACCCGUGGGACGGUUACGCUAGCGCUCGGUCGGAGGUAGCGUGCGGCGGCUAGCGCCCCCUCGCCGCGUCAUGACCGCCCGACCCUUUGCGAAGCCCGACCGCUGGACCGCCUGCGUGUACCGGGGCACCUGAGCCCUCCGCCUCCUCACGUCACCCAUACUUAACCUGGCCACACACCGUCGCCAGCGUCUCACUCUGUUCCAUUAUUUUUGUUUGUUGUGUACACCACCUCCACCACCACCUCAUGUCUCGUCCGAAUGCAGUCGCUGCCCGAGGGGAGCGGGCCAGUUUUACUAAAGAGUCGUCUCUUCUCUCAAUAAAUGUCCAUGGUCGCCAACAGGCA